AUGAAAAAAGAGAAGUGGGAGGAACUAGAUUUUAGAGCUUCGAGUACAAUACGCAUGUCUUUGCCUAAGAAUGUUCUUGGUACAUCGUCAGCCAAAGAGCUUCGGAAGAAACUUGAAGGGCUAUAUCAAGGAAAAGAAAGUAUUGGAGUCAAGAUUGAUAAUGAAGAUAAAGCUUCGAGACUUAUAUGGUAUCUUCCAUCUUCAUAUGAGCAUAUUAAACAUGUUUCGAUAUAUGGGAAGGAAACUUUAAGUUUUGAAGAAGGAAAUGACAUACAUGUCAUUGUUCCAACUGCAUACAAGCAAUCUUUUGACUCAGAUUUAGAUAUUAAUGUGACAUGUACUAUGACCAACUUUCAAGUACAGCCCAAUGACCUGAUGUUUAAAGUAACCAACCACAAAUUUCUCCUUAAAUUCACAGGAGGUACAACUAUUGGAGAUGUCGGGAAGCACGACAUUCCUGUUAAGGUUAAUAGCCUCACUCCUUUUGCUGAUAUAAUAUCAGGGAAGUGGCAAAGGAACGUCCUGUGUGAUGUGCUUGGUGUCAUCAACGAUAUAGGUUACACACAAUAUCAAGCUGGAGGGAAAAAGGCUCAAGUCAACCUAAUUUUAAGAGAUUUGGGGGAUAACACUUUUAACUGUACACUAUGGGAAGAUUACGCAUCGCAAUUCUUUGAAUACAAACAGAAAAACCUUAAACCAAAUAAACCAACUAUUAUUCAUCAGAUAUGCAAAGGGAAAUUACCCCUUGCUGUGACAAACACAUUCAACGUCACUAAAUUACAUAUCAACGAAGACCUACCAAAAAUCAAAGAUAUUAUACUCUGGUUGCCUAUGGAAACAAAGUCAUUGAGCAACACCACCAGUAACACCCGACAAUGGUCACAACAGUCUACUGCUUCCCAUAUGACUCCAACUGAAAAAUUCCUUGACAAGGUUGUUCUGCUUGGGCUGGAUGAAAUCAUCAUGCUUAACGAGCCGACGUUAUGUGUCAUAGUUGCCCAAACUGCCAAACUCAUUCCAAGGAAGUGA